AAAACAAAACAAAAACCUCUCACUGGUGUAACUUUUUACUGAAGAACUGAUAAUUCCCUGUGUGGAUGUUUGACAUUCCUGUGACAGUAAUCUGAGUCCCAUCUAUUUCUGUCUCUGGUUGAGGGCUGAACUGCUCCGAGCGGUUGGACAGUCAUGGUUGUUCACAACAGACUGGAGCGGUGAACUGUUCAGUCAUUCUCCUCAUGGACCUGUGUGAGAUCAGAGGAGGACGACUGGACGUGAUCACAGAGGAGGCUGAGCACCAGGAGUUGUUAAGCCGCGGGUCGAGCACCAUGGAUCCCCACAGUGUGGCAUCAGACAGAGGAAGGAGGGCGACCCGGGACAUCUCCACCUUCCAGAGGUUCUCCGUCGACACCGACGACUCCCUUCGAUUCGAGCCCUGUGAGGACAGUCCUUCUCCCACUGGGGCGGAAGAUGGACUCGAUGAUGAUGAUGAUGUGUUUAAGGAGGGAGAAACCGAGACAAAGAUUGUCACGACCAGGAAUCAGUUGCAGGGGAAGGUUGCAGAGAUGGAGAACUUUGCAGGUCAUCUGGAGGAAAUCUUUCUCACUGUGGAGGAGAACUUUGGCCGUAAGGAGCAGCACUUGGAGCAGCACUACAAUGAUGUGCUGCUGACGUUGUCUCAGCGAUAUGACGAGCGGGCGGCUGGACUGGAGGAGGAGAAGAAGAGCAAACUGGAGGCUCUGUACAAUCAGCUGCUCGCUUGUGGUCGAGCGCUGGACGCCUCCAAGGAGCUCAUUGAGGCGGCCCAGGAGGUCCACCGCAGCCGGGACAAAAGGCUUUUUCUCAAGACGGUCAUGCCCACCAUGAAAAGAAUCGAGGAGUUUGCCAAAGACGAGGUUGACCUCACGUUGUCGACACGUCUCGAGUUCGACACGCCACUCGCCGAUCUGUCCCACGUGAAAACCAUGAUGGACUCCAUCAAUGUUGUUCCAGCUCCAUCCGCCCCAGUGAUCAACCCCCAGAUGCCCGGCUCCGCCACCCAGACGUCGCUGCGCGUCUGCUGGAGCCUGUUCUCCGACGACACGGUGGAGUACUACGAGCUGUACUACAGACCGGUGCUGGAGGACACACCGGCAGACAGCACCUGUGCACCACACGUGAGUAAAGUAAAAGUGAAGGAGACUCACUGCACUGUGACAGAUCUGCUGCCUGAUGCCCAGUACGAGCUCUGGGUGACGGCGACCAACACCACAGGCAUCAGCCCAGCCAGCGAGAAGGCCUUAUACAUGACAGUGCCGUCGCCUCCAGUGAUCAAGCAGAGGGAGUGUAGCAGCUGCCCGGAGGCGGCCAUGCUCCACUGGGAGUCAGGGAACACCAACCCUGUCGACUCCUACACCGUGGAGCUCAGUGAGAUGGGGGCUGACGGCACAGAGAGCGGCGUCACCGAGUCGAUAGUGGCUGUGCCCACCUGUCAGUGUCUGAUCCAGCUGCAGACAGGACACGGUUACCUCAUCUCUGUGCGAGCGGUCAACAUCGGCGGCCCCAGCGACAGGAGUGACGUCAUUACCGUCUCCACAACAGGUACAUUCUUCCGUCUCCUGGAAGACACUGCUCACCCCUGCCUGUCCCUCUCUGAGGACGGCUUCACUAUGUUCUAUGGAGACGAGGAGCUUCCCAUUGGUGCCAUGGGCUUAGAAGACAGAACCUUCACCAGAUGUGUGGCUGUGCUGGGAGAUCUGAUUCCAGUACGAGGGAGACACUACUGGGAGGUCGAGGUGGACGAUGGGACGGAGUUUAGGAUUGGAGUUGCAUACGAGGACACAGAUAGGAGCUCGUACCUCGGAGCCAACAACACGUCCUGGUGUAUGAGACACAUCGUCACUCCCUCCAGGCACAAAUAUGAGUUUCUGCACAACGGUUGGAGUCCUGACCUGAGGAUCACAGUGAACCCAGACAGGAUAGGGGUGGCGCUGGACUACGAGGCGGGGACUCUGUCCUUUUUCAACGUGGCCCUGGAACAACACCUACACACCUUCAACUGUCACUUCCAAACUUAUGUCCUGCCUUGUUUUAGCCUGGACAACCCAGGAGCUCUCACUGUCCACAACAGCAUCGAGGCUCCCCAGUACACAUUCAUCUGACACCAGCAAUCUUAUCUGGACUCCUGAUGAAAGAAAAGCCUGGAAGGAAGUGGAAUAACUCUGGUGUUAUAUACUUAAAAAAAUAGUUGUGACAUCCCCAAUAAAGAAAAGCAGUCAAUAAGUCA